AUGUCUGCUUGGCGAAAAAGAUUUACACGAAAAUCACAAAGAAUAAGUGAAAAUAAUGAAAUUUUUUUGAACAAUACAAUAAAAUAUCGUAAAAAAUUACAAGCAGCAAUAUAUCAAAUAAAUCGAACUAAAAAAUGUACACAACGAAAUAUAGAUAAUCCUGAUUCUGAUAUACAUGGUAAAUAUCAAUCUUUUAUUUUAUCAUCAAAUUAUUAUUUAUAUUUAGUUGCACGACUUAUUAAUGAUAUUGGUCAACUAUCAGAUUGUAAAUCUUUACAGGAAAUUAGUAGUCUAAUUGAUUCAUUAGCAAUGCGACAUCAAUUAUCAUCACGAAUAUUUAAUGAAUAUGCUAUGAAUUCACUUCAACAAUCAUUAGAAAAAUUAAAUAAUAAUCUAUCAAAUGAUUUUGAUAAAGUCAAAUCUGUUUUUGAAGAAGCUGUAACAAAUCAUUGUUCUGAUCAUACAAAAAAUCAAUUAUUUAAUAAAGUUGAAUUCGAAUGGUUUAAACAUAAAAAAUUAGCAAUUACUGAAUUAAAAUAUGGUUUAUCAUCUUAUUGUGACAUUGGUUUAUACAAUCUUAGAAUUCAAAUAGCUAUACUUGAAAAACUUCAAAAUUUUAUUGAUCAAUUAUCUUCUGAUGAGAAUGAUGCAAAUACUGGAUUACCUAAUUUUAAUACUAAUAGUUCACAAACUCGAAAAGAAAUCGAUACUAUGUUACGUAUUAUGCUUGAUAGAGCACCAAAUGAUCCAAAUUCUUUACCUAAUUCUAAACGACCAAAAUUUCUUAAUAAUCAAUUCGUGCUAUCAAAUUCUCUCUAUUCAUCUGAAAUAACUGAAGCAGCAGCUCGUUCACAUGGACAAUCAUUACGAGAACAAAAUGCAUGUUUUAUUCCACAAUAUCCUUCUAUGAUUCCUUCAGCAACUACUGCUAGUGCACAAAUGCCACAACAUGAAUCAAUGAUGAUUACUCCACAUAAUGAUCGAUUUCAAAACACACCUGAUAAUGAUGAUGAUAAUUUACCUUCAUAUAGCGAUUUAUUCGUUGUACCGAGUAGUUGCAAACAAGAACGUAUACAACGACGAAGUUCACGUUUCAAUAAUCAAUAA